CGAAACUCAACACCAAAAAUCAGAUUGAUGCUCUUGAUCCGGAAAAUCCCAAAGAGAAUAUUCAUCACCGCUACCCGUCAACAACUCCGUCUCACCACUCGAACUCGCACAGUCGUCCGCACAUUCCACUCUGCACCCCCCAUCAUGUCCAACUCUACCUCCACCUCCGCAAACAAAGACGACAGCAGGAAAGUCGCUGGUGAAUCCGAGGAUUGGCAUAAGCAGCCUCCAUAUGGCCUCGCUGAGCUCGAUAAGGAGUUCAAGGCAGAUUGGGAAGCGUCAUGUUACUGCGGCGGUGUACAGUACGAGGCAAGGGGUGAUCCACUCGAUGUCAAGUUCUGUCAUUGUAAGGGUUGUCAGCGUCUACACGGUGCUCCCGCUCAAUGGGCCGCAAUCUUCCACAAAAAGGAUAUCCACAUAACAACCCCCGCCUCAAACAUCGGCUUCUACAACUCCGAACACGACAAACCUGACCGUGACCUGCCCUGCAAACUCCACUGCAAAAAUUGCAAGUCUCCCAUCUUUGACGAAGGCCGAAACAUGGUGAUGCUAUUCCCCACCCUCAUUAAAUUCCCUCGCAAGGCAUCUGGUCUUAAGAAUCCCGAGGCGGAUCAGACGUAUGUUCCGGAUGUAUGGAAGGCAAAGUGUCAUAUCUUUUACAAGUAUCGGGUUAUGGACGUGCUUGAUGGGACGCCUAAGUGGAGUGGGCAUAAAGAUGCCAGUGAUCCGUGUGAGGAGAGGAUUAGACGGAUGAGUACUGUUGAGGGGAAAGAGGCGCAUCAGAGUGGGGAUAAGGAGAGUUCGGAGAAGACUGAGCCUGAGAAGGGCAAGAAGGAGUAAACAAAUCAAAGAAGACGGCGUUGUGGUUGUGUUUAGCGAAAUGGGGGUUGGCGAACGGAGUUGUGUCGAGAUAUUGAUCGCGGCGUUAUAUUUCUUAGAGGAACAGAAUACAUCUAUCAUAUUACGUACGACCAAGAACGGAUAACACGGGUAUCAUACACUCCACGGCCAAGCCCAACCUACUUAUUCUUAUGAAACAGCCCCGCAAUCAUCAUCUUUGCCUUAUCCGCCAGCCCAGC